AUGGCUACAGUUGCACAGAUCCAGACUGAUUUGGCUGAUUUAGCCCAUGAGGUCAAGCGAAGAAACCACGAUGUUCGUCUGGCCAUUGAUCAUGCCACAGCAGAGUCUCGGAAAGUAUCUCCGACAACGGUGGUUAAUGUGCAUCCAAAUCUUCAAAUGGCACUUUAUCUGCCAUUUAUUUCAUCUUUGUCAAGCGGAAAUCCCAAGUUGGUAAACUUGGCCCUUCUGGUAAUCCUCCGGCUUGCAACUCUGAGCUCUCUCAGCCACAACCAGCUGCUGUUGAUUGUGGACAGUUUACAUCAACUCGACAUAGGCGCUAGUAGCCUUGAAACGCAAUUGAAGACUCUACAAGCGUGCACGCCAUUGGCUACAAAUUACACCUUAGAUCGCGACCACUUUUUGCGAAUUGUGGCGGUGUGUUCGAGGCUUGCCUCAAAUUCCAAUGUCGUUGUGGCCAAUACAGCUUCUGCUACUCUCCAGCAAGUGUUCAGCUCACUUUUCGAUAAACUCAGAAAUCAUGAGACAGAAACAAAGAAUGCCACAGUGAUAGUAGAUACUGAUAUGGGAAAUGAGAAAAUGCCUACAUAUCAAGUGGAUGACUUGGAGGCAGAGUGCUUUUACGUUUUCCUGGAUUUGAGUUCGGCAAUCGAUGGAGGGAAACUAGAAUACUUCGACACCAGUGACAUAAAGUUACGUCCCCAGGCAGCACUUGAGAUUAUUGAGAAUAUUCUUUCACUUGCUGGAGAUGUUUUCGAGAGCCACGAAGAACUUGCCGCUUUGCUCAAAUCUAAGACUGUUCCUGCGAUGUUGAAAGUGCUCAAUUCUCCUGGCUAUGUGUUCUCACUUGUAGUGAGAACUCUCAGGACACUUCACAUUCUAUUGGCAUCCCACAUGACAACACUUAAUGUGGAAUCUGAAAUUGUCAUUUCGUUUGCCAAUCACAUAAUGCUCAAUAGCAAUGGUAGCGAUUCUACUCUGCAUGAUUUCAAUUCACCCACAGUUCUGCCGUUUUGGGAGAAAGUGCUUGUUUUGGAAUUUUAUAAGGGCCUUUUCUCCCACUUCUCGACUGUGAGACAGGUCUACGCCAAUUACGACAGCAUUUCAAAAAAAAAGAACGUCUUGCAUGAAGUUUUGACUGUUAUAAACAAUUACUUACUGGACAACUUUAGCCAGAAUUUCAAUAAUGACACAAUUCAAAUACCCCAGGAUCGUGGUGGAAAUCAGUUGUCCAAGGCGACUUCGACCAUGAAAGUUGCAGUCUUGGACCACUUGGACAAGAUAGACCCACCAGAAAAUAUUCCAUCCUUAUAUCCUAUGCAUCUUGUUUUCAAAAUCCUCGUAUCUUUUUCUGAGGGAGUUUCCGAUUUUGUUUCCAAUUUGUCUACUAAUGCAAAUCCAGAGACGCUUGAACGGGACGUCGAAUUCAUCACUUCAAUGAAUGAAGAGGUCUUCCCUGAGAUCUUCCAUCUUUAUAAAAAGUUCAUAUACUGCAAUAUGGACUCAGAAUAUUUCCAUACUUGUGUUCGUGCACUACAGAAGUAUACCCAUGCGAUUGGAAUUUUGGGUUUAUCAUCCUUGAGAGAUGGUCUCCUCUUGACAUUAUCCGAUUGUUGCACCAGGAAUGCUGCACCUGAAGACGCAAAGAAGAACGGAGCUUCACAUUUUCUAUCGAUUGGUGAAUCUAUUGUGGAAUCAAUAAGCUCAAGUAUACAAUCACCAGCUGUGGUCUCUCCAUCGCUGAAUCUGAUUUCGCAAUUCAGUGAGCUGUCUCGAAAUACAAAAAACGAAUUAGUGGGGAUGCGCUCCUUCAACUCGAGACAAGUCGUAUGUCUUAGGGCUCUCUCUAAUUUGGCGUUAUCCUUGGGGUCGACUUUGCAAGGUUCUUGGAAAAUUAUCUGGAUUACUUUUCAAUGGGUCGAUUAUUUCAUGAAAGGACCAGAUCAAUUCAGCGGAUAUUCAAAUCUGAAGGAUAUUAAAAAGUUUGGGGAGCCGAGAUUAACAAGUCAAGACCUAAACACGAUGGAUGGAGCAAACAAGCGCUUUUUGGAGAGUAUCCAUGAUUACCAACAGUCAUCUUAUAAAGAAUUGGUGCAUGUGCUUAUUGAAUUGUAUGAUGGUACCAAAAGUGGCGUUAGUGAUGACAUGAUUCCAAUUGAAGUGUGUCCAUUCAACAAGAUCUACUUUAUCGACCAGCUCGUGCUAAUCGCAAAACUCAACCCGCAAAAGUUUUUGUUCUACCAAGAGGACACCUGGAACCAAUUAAUUGAUUAUUUUAUCAUGUUAGGAACGAACAGAUCAAUUCAAUAUGGUGUUCGAAAUUACUUAGUAAAGUGUUUUACAAACGUGAUUGUUGACAUAACCAGACAAGGUUUCGAUACAAAUGAUGAAAAAUUAGAUCCCAUUUUAGCGGAGAAAUCAUUGAAAUCGUUACUCGGAUUCUUACAAAAUUUACAUGCCUUGGGAACCCCACAAGAACAUUUGGUGUUGAACUGUGAAACUGAACUUCAUUUAACAGUUUUGGUAACAGUUCAUGGCCUUAUAGAUGGGUAUGUCGAAAAAUACCAGAACUCGUGGGAUUUGGUGUUUGCUAUACUAAACACCGCUUUCAUUAACACCGAGGCUAGAUCUGUCGAUGCGAAUCUCAAUGACAAGAUAGUUUCGUUGAUUUCAACGUCAUUCGGUACCUUGAAAUUGAUCUUGGAUGAGUUCCUUACCACAUUACCUUCGCAGCAGCUCAAAUCUCUUAUUGACACGUUGCUAAACUUUUGUUCCCAAAAGUUUGAUCUCAAUAUUUCGUUCAGCUCUGUAAGUUAUUUCUGGCUAAUAAGUGAUUGCAUCAGUUCAAAGAUCGGUAGCGAUGAAAUGGGUAACAUCUCACACUUUGCAGGUCUCAGUACGAUAUCCGAAUUGGAGUCCUUAUUGGCGAAUUCCAAUGAUUCUGCGACAAUGAAUCAGGCUCUCAAUAUUUAUCUCCUUGCUCAACUUUCAAAUCUUUCUACGGAUAAACGAGCAAGAGUUCGAGAAGGAGCAAUCCAGACUUUAUUCCAAAUCAUUGAUGUUCAAGGGAAACAAAUAUCAUCCUGGAGAAUGGUUUACGAUAUUGUAUUACCUGGACUCCUUGAUUUGACUAUGUGUUUUGAGAUCAAAGAGAAAGAAAACCGUACUGAUGCCACUGAAAGCUUGAAUCUCGUUCUCUCUGGUCUUGUCUCGAUGUAUACAAAGUUUAUGAUGGACUUCGAGAAUGAAGACAAAGACCUUACACUUGCAUUUUGGAAGGAACUACUCCAGUAUUUUGACAACAUGUUUAAUUUGAGUUGGAAGGGUUUAAAUUUGAAAAUUUUCGAAUCUUACCAAGACCUUGUUAUGCUGCUCUCGCGCAAGGCAAUCCCGGAAGAACUUGCAGAUAUGCUAUUCGAGUUUUGGGUCAACGUCUCGAUUGAUUAUGAUUUUGUCAACCCAGACUACCUGGUUUCUUUGGCUGUUUAUAACAGAUCAUUCAAACCUCUUUACCAGAUUAUCAAAGAUAAGCUUGACUUUGAGACUGCCUCACGAGUGAUGAGUAACUUAAAUAAGUGUGCCAGGUAUCCCGUUUUAAAGCCUGGUCUGAGCGACACAACUAAGCCGACAGAGCUUCAACAGUCCGUUUUGGACAACCUAGUUUUGAUUGAUAAGAAGGGGGAGAAUGAGGAGAUUUUAGCUGCAGUGAUUCAGCAGUUGGGUCUCAUUUCUUCAUACCCAUUUGAAAUUCGUGGACGAAUUGAAGCGAAGUUGAAGAGUAUCGAAGCAAGAUUGAAAAUCCCAUCAUUCAUUGCAGUUAGCAGCCUGGCUUUGAAGUUGGUUAAAGGGAAGAUUGCUGAACUCAGCAGUACGACUGUUCUUCUAGCUGAUAAAGUCUUUAUUAAGCUUGUGAGGAGCUUACUCUAUCUGGUACGUUAUAAAGCACAAGGAAUUAGUGGACUUCAUGAUGAGCCACUAUGGGUGCAAUGCAAUAACGUUAUUCAUGACCUUAUCAGUCGGUUUCUUGUUGAGAAUGGAAAAGCUGCAAUUGAUAAAGAGAUUUGGCAGUUGAUUUUAGAUUGUAUUACGGUAUGUUUCGAGACCCUGACGGAGGCUCAAGAGAAACACAAUGUUCGGCAAUAUGAACAAUUGACAAAAACGGUACUUCCAGUGCUAUUUUCAGCGGAUACUGGUCACCCGGACUUAGUGGAUCAUUUCGUGUACAGUGUGUACCAGCAGUCGUUUCUCUAUGAGUCGAACGAUAUCGAAAAGGAUUUGGUUGGAAAUUUGCAAACGUCGUCUUUAACAGAGAUAAGAAAUGCGUACAAAAUGCUUUGUGAAUAUCAUUUUGAGGAAAGUUUCGGAACCACUGCUGUCCUGCUGGUGUAUAAAAAUCGAGACAUGCGCUUCAAAUGUCUUACAGAACUAUUUAAGUUUGCUUCGGCAUCAGAUCGCAGCUCUUCAAUUGCUAUGGAGUGUUUAAUAACGCGUACAGCUUUCACUCUUCGGCGAUUCACGGCCGAUGAAGGUCUCCUACUCCGCAAACCACUUCCAAAAAUUCAGCGGGAAGAAAUCUCGGUAAUUCUUCUCGGGUUACGAGACGUCAGCCCUUUGGCAUCUGUGAGUCAAAUGGCAGGUAUUAACAAUCUACUUUCCCUCACUAUACCCUACGCUACGCGGCUCGAGAAUAUUUCCUAUUUGAUCGAGGACAUUUUGCGUGAGGGCCACACAGGAUAA